UAACGCCGGAGUGCCUUGGCUUAGCAGGGGCCCUCAGACUGUGGGCAGGCAAUGGCUGGCGCAGUCUCGCUCUCAGGCUUGUUGGGGCUGCUACUCGUGUCUACGCUGCCCGGGGUCCUCGGAGCCCGCGCCAGCCCCGACAUCCGCGCACACCCAGGGGACCCAGCCCAGGUCCACUCUGAGGCUACAGAACCCCGGAGGCGGCCGCCGCCCAAGGACCAGCGCGAGCGGGCCCGGGCUGGGGCGCUGCCUUUGGGGGCUCUGUACACCGCGGCCGUCGUGGCUUUUGUGCUGUACAAGUGUUUGCAGGGGAAAGAUGAGGCCACAGUUCUCCAAGAGGAGGCAGGCAAGAAGCAAUCACUGCAGUUAGAGCAACAGCUGGCUCAGCUGACACAACAAGUGGCCCAGACAGAGCAGCACCUGAACAAUCUGAUGGCCCAGCUAGACCCCCUUUUUGAGCGUGUGACUACUCUUGCUGGAGCCCAGCAGGAGCUUCUGAACAUGAAGCUAUGGACCAUCCACCAGCUGCUACAAGAUAACAAGCAAGGCAAGGGCAUGGAGGUUCCAGAACCAGGUACAGGGUUGAGAGGUGAGUCUGGUGGGCAUGGAGACAAAGUCUCUAAAACUGGAACAUACUUGAUCUUUCCCCUCACAGAAGCCAGCAUACCCUUUCCUGAGGACUUCCUAGAGGAGGAGGAGGAGGAGACCAUAAAUUGGAGCACAGAGACAUGGAACCCAGAUACUUCCUUGGGGGUGGAGCAGGGACUAAGGAGAAGAUGCAGCAGGGCUGCAGCAAGGGGCCCCAGUCACAGCCCCUGUUGGGAAGGUGAGACAAUAGCUGAGGGUUUAGUAAAACAAAGUUUGUUUUUGUGACUGGGUGCUCCUAUGUGCUUUUUCCAUCCUCGCUGGUUGUAUACACCCAUACUAGGUGCCUAAGGACAACUGGGCCUUCUUGAGAAGCUUCCCUUAUUAGGACAAAAAGAGGCUGCCUUCCACUGUGAGAGCAGAGAAGACAGAGGGAGCUCCAGUUCUUUUUCUUAUACUCCUGAGGCCACCAGCAUGCCAGUCUUCAGGGCUUGAAAAUCCCUUUACUAAUAGUAAAGCUGAGACAGA